GUUUUCGUUUUGCUUUGGCCGUGAGAGGUUCGUCGCGUGCGCGCGGUUCCGUCACCGGUUUUUCGCUCCAACUACGACGACGACGACGAGGAUCGUUAAACGUACGCGCGCGCGUCCGUGUUUUGUGUCUUUCAGAUUGUGCUCCAUUCUUUUGUUAUUCUCGAAAAUCGUGAAUCCGUUUUGUGACAAGUCGAAGGAAGUGUAUCCUUCCAAGAUACGCACACCAACGAGUGUUGAUACGGUGUGUAGUAUACGUGAGAUUGUGAUAAGGUGACCGAAACAGGGUACAAAACGAAGGUGUAAUUAAAAGCAAGCAGCAAGUGUACGAAUCGAUCUAGUGGCCAUUGGCACGCGGCAUACGCGAUUCCGUUGCGGUUAUCUUCCGUGUUUUCUUUUUCUCCGGUGUUUGACUUCGUUCGUUGGUUUCGCCGAUCGCUGUCCGGUCGCGGUACGCGGUGGCCAUCGUCCUGGAUCCGCACGUGAGCAAAGUUGCCGCCAGCGCCACGGCUUCGGCCACCGGUGCCACCGUCAAGAUUGGAGGAGCGGCACAAGAUGCCCACACUGCCGCUGUCCCUGGAGUGCUGGACGACGGGCAGCAGCUAGAGCAGGCGUGGGCUUCCAUGCGGUGCCUUCGGAAAAAGAUGACCCUCCUCUAUACGGCCAGCUACCGGUACCGGCGGGCACUGCAGACGAUGGCCGCGGGUCUCUUCCUCAUCUACAUCACGCUCGUCCUCUACCAGAGCGUUUGUGGCGGUGCGUACUCCGGUUGCUCCGAUGGAAGCGAUGGACUGGCCGUCGAUACGACGCCACCGGUUACCGGUGGCAGUGUGCAACAGGAUUGGCAGUCUGCGGGAGGUAGUGGAAUGCUGAACGGUGGUGCCGCGAGUGUAGUGAUAAGCAAGCGUGAUAGCGUAAUGGCGACCGGUGGUGUCGGGGCCGGUGCAGUGGUGCAUCGCAUCGGUGCAUCGGGCAACAGUUUGGCGCAACCGGGCGCAACACCAGCCGGAUCCGGUCAACGGACGCUCGCGUACGAUGUGCACCGAGUGCCGGCCGUCACCGGUACACCGAAACCACCGACGACCGAACUCGACGAUCUGCUGAUCAGUGUAAAGACGACCAAAAGUUAUCACGAUACGCGGCUCGAGAUGAUCACCAAAACCUGGUACCAGCUGGCAAAGGAACAGACGUGGUUCUUCACCGACACGGACGAUGCGCACUACCAAAAGCUGACAAAUAACCACAUGGUCAACACGAACUGCUCGCAGGGCCACUUUCGGAAGGCGCUCUGCUGCAAGAUGGGCAAGGAGUUCGAGUUUUUCCUGGACAGCGCCAAAAAAUGGUGGUGCCACUUCGAUGACGACAACUAUGUGAACGUUCCGCGGCUCGUCCGGAUGCUGGAUGACUACAGCCCAACGCAGGACUGGUACCUGGGGAAACCGAGCAUAUCCUCGCCGCUGGAGAUAUUCCUCGAUAGCACUAAAUCAUCGACGGAAGUGAACAAAAAGGUGACGUUCUGGUUCGCCACCGGUGGCGCUGGAUUCUGCAUAAGCCGGGCCCUCGCACUGAAGAUGAUGCCGAUCGCCGCCAGCGGCAAGUUUGUCGCGAUCGGUGACAACAUCCGCUUUCCGGACGACGUGACGAUGGGUUUUCUGAUUGAGCACAUCCUCAAGGUUCCGCUUACUGUGAUCGAUGCGUUCCAUUCGCACCUGGAACCGAUGGAGUUCAUACGGCCGGAAACGUUCCACGAUCAGGUUUCGUUCAGUUAUGCCCGGAUGCGCAACGAGUGGAACGUCGUGAAGGUGGACGGUUUCGAUCUGAAGACGGAUCCGCAGCGCAUCUAUUCGCUGCACUGCUAUCUCUACCCGUUCUUCAGCAUCUGCCCCAAGUCGAUCCGGAGGCGAUGAGAAUGGGCAGAUAGAUCUAUGGGUAGCCAAGGGAACCAGCAAAGCAAGCAGUUAGAGCCAAAUCAAAGGAACCACACUAGAGUACUCGCCAGGAGGGAUACUCGCGAAGCAGAACCAGCAGAGCAGCUACCACGUCUAUUGUAGACCGCUAUGAAAGAGGGCUAGAGGGUGUGCUGAUGUGUGUGAUAUAAGGCGGGGCGGGAGGUCAGGAUACAGGAGCACUAACCGUGCAUGCGCAUCGGACUUUCCUUUUUCAAAAUACUGUGAUCGUUCGGAUCGUUGGAUUCCGAACAGCAGCAGCAGCAGCAGCAGAGAGCUAGAUGGUCCUCUUUGCGACACAAACGCAAUAGUAAUGUUAAUUGUAAUGAAUGUUGUAUGAAAUGUAAAAAAUGGAAACAAAAUUGAUGGUCAACCGGAGACCAAAUGAUUCCUUAAAUGAAUCUGUAUCCUUUGGCUCCUAAUGUAGUUCAUAUUCAGAAGUUUAGUAGCUGUGUCUAGGGACCCGUUAGGAACUAUCGCCGGAUUGGGGUGCAGUAUCCCAACAGGCACAAUUCACCAAUCAACCAGGGGAACGCACGAGGGUAGCUAACGAUAAUGCGCAAUAGUAGGUGUAGUAGCAAGCUUUGUAGUAGCAGUAGGUGCAGCAGAUGAAGUUGUCGUCACGGUUACUACCCAACAACGUCAUAACAUAUGGGAUAAGCCGGUCGUGCUGAGCAGGCGGCGGUAGCAUCGUCUCCACCGACCGACUAUCAGUCUAGUCUCUUUGUGUGUAGCAAGAAAGAUACGUUCCCUUUCUCCUCCCAAUUGCGAUCCGAUUACGCCCCAAGCGCGUGUCUUCCGAGGAUCGACCGUAGCAAGUAAACCUACUUCGUGUACAUAUCUCACCACUAAGUGUAAACCAGCAAGCGAGUACGAAUGUAAGUUGUUAAUUGUGCGCCUGCAGCCGCAACCCUUGUGUGUUGUUGUGGUGCGCGCGUAUGUAUUGUUCAAAACAAGUUUAUGUAUAAAAAUUGUAAUAAAGUGAUAUGAGAAAU